CUUUGAAAGUCUUCAACAUUCAUUACCUUCCCUCUCCCUCUCUCUCUUUAUAUUAAAAACCUCUUUUUUCUCUCCUAAAACAAGUAUCUCAAAGGUAGAGAGAAAGAAACACAUCAAUCUUCGAACUCAGAAUUCUCUUACACGAUGUCUUGUUCCGUCUGCAAUUCUCCGGUUUUUUCUCCGUCGUCGUCUCUUUUCUGCAGCAAACCUUCUAUCAUCCUCUCUUCGCCGCAAGAAACCAUCUCUCUCACUCUUUCUCAUCUCAAACCUUCCUCUCCUUCCGCCGCCGCGGCGUCCCUCAACUCGCCGUUCCGUCUCCGUUUACAGAAACCUCCGACCGGUUUCUCUCCGGCGUCGUGUACCGGCCAAUCUCCUCCCGGAGGGGUUCUGAAACGCAAACGCCCCACGAGGCUUGAUAUACCGAUCGGUACCACCGGUUUCGUUGCUCCGGCGACGCCGAGGGAGGAAGGUAGAGAGGUGGAGAGGGAAGGCGAUGCUUAUUCUGUUUAUUGCAAGAGAGGAAGGAGAGAAGCUAUGGAGGAUCGCUUCUCUGCUAUUACCAAUCUCCGAGGAGAUCGCAAACAUGCCAUCUUCGGUGUUUACGAUGGUCACGGAGGAGCCAAAGCGGCUGAGUUUGCGGCCAAGAACUUAGACAAGAACGUUUUAGAAGCAGUAGCUGGUAAGAGAGACGAGUCAGAGAUCGCAAACGCGGUGAAACGCGGUUACUUGACCACAGACGCUGCGUUUCUCAACGAGAAUGACGUUAAAGGCGGUUCUUGCUGCGUCACGGCUAUGUUCAGCGACGGGAACAUCGUUGUCUCCAAUGCCGGCGAUUGCCGCGCCGUCAUGAGUGUUGGAGGCGUCGCGGAGGCUCUUUCUUCCGACCACCGUCCGUGUAGGGAUGAUGAACGCACAAGAAUUGAAACCACGGGCGGAUACGUUGAUACGUUUCGAGGUGUAUGGAGAAUUGAAGGAUCUUUGGCUGUGUCAAGAGGGAUCGGUGAUGCUCAUCUCAAGAAAUGGGUUAUAGCCGAACCAGAGACAAAGACGUUGAGAAUCGAUCAGGACCAUGAGUUCUUGAUCUUGGCAUCUGACGGUCUAUGGGACAAAGUGAGUAACCAAGAAGCAGUAGACAUUGCUCGUCCCUUCUGCCUAGGAACCGAGGAGAAGCCAUUGUUGUUGGGCUGUAAGAAGCUUGUCGAUCUUUCGGCUUCACGAGGCUCAUUGGAUGAUAUUAGUGUGAUGCUGAUCCCUUUGGACCAGUUCAUAUAAGAGAGAUCCUUAGAUAUUUUAGAUAGAAAUCUGGAGGGCUUGCGUCCAUUUAGCUUUAUUUAACUUUGAUAUAAUUCAUUUUUUCAUUCUUUCUAACUUGAAGAAGUGGUUGUAUGAAACGAGCAUUUGGUCGAAUUUAAUCUAAUUAUCAGUUCCUUAUUA